AUGGAAAACCAGGCAGGCCAACUACUAUGCGGUGGAUUCCAAGGCACUACCGUUACAGCACAGGCCUACCACCUUAUUGUUGAACAACAUGUCUCGUCGAUGAUCUUGUCGCGUAAAAAUGCAGUCAAUGUGGAGCAAAUGACUAAAUUGAUCAAUGACUUACAAUACAUUGCAUUUACACAAGGGAAAUACAAAUACCCAAUUAUGUUUGCAAUAGACGAAGAAGGGGGGAUUAUGAAUUCACUUUUUGAUCCAGAGUUUCUUACUCAAUAUCCAAGCGCUAUGGCAUUGGCCGCGACAGGGGAUCCACAAUUAGUAUAUGAAAUAUCAAAGGCAAUUGCAAUAGAAUUAAAAAAAAUAGGGUUCAGCAUCAUAUUGGGACCUGUGUUGGAUGUAGUUACCAAAUUGUCCCACCAAUUAGUAGGUGUGAGGAGUUUUGGCACAACAUUGGACGAUGUAAAAACAUAUGGCUUAGCAUGUGCCAAAGGAUUGAGAGACGGCGGGUUAUUCACUGUGGGGAAACAUUUCCCAGGAAUAGGCAACGCAACAGUAGAUUCAUUAUUGGACUUGCCAAUGACCGGUGAUUCUUUGAGCCAGAUUAGACAAUUCAAUGCUGUACCAUUUCGACAUUUGAUUGAAGAAGGAGUGCUUGACGGAAUCAGUGCUGCUGGAUGUGGUGUACCCAAUGUAAGCCCCGACGAGACACAUGCAUGUUUAUCGCCAAUAAUCGUUAACCAAUUGUUGAGAAAGGAAUUGAAUUUCAAAGGGUUUGUUAUAAGUGAAUGUUUGGAGAUGGAAGCUUUAUAUCACUCCAUUGGGCUUGGCCAAGGCGUGGUUCUUGCCAUAAACGCUGGGUGCGACCUAGUUAUGGUUUGUCACGAUUUCAGACUACAAAAGGAGGCAAUAGAAUCGAUAAAGCAGGGUAUAAUCAAUGGAAAUAUAGAUGAAGAAACAGCAAAUGCUAGUUUUCAACGCAUUGAAAAAUUGCAAUCGAGGUUACCCAGUUGGCAUGAUAUCUUCCCACAUGGCGCAGCAUCGGCGAAACAAGACCCAGUCUUAUUCAAAAAAGAGCAGCCGGAAUUAUGGAAAAAGCACCAAAACUUGGCUUCUUUGGCAUACCAAAAGUCAAUAACCUUGGUGCGAGACUUUAACAAUAUUCUACCAAUCACCAAGCAUUUCCAUAAACAGUCGGAAAAGGAGAUGGAGAAACAAGCGUCAGAAAUACAAGAGACAGAGUCACAAACGACAGCAGAGCAACAAGAAAUGAAAAAUAAUUUAGAAAAAGAGUCUGUUUUAAUUUUGAGUCCGUUGCUAACUCCCUUGAAAAAGACCAAGUCGCAUUUAUUCACUGGCGAGGAAGUUUUCCAAAGUUUUGGUAAACAGUUGUCAGACCACCAAGAUUCAUUUUCUGUGCUACACACUACUUAUACCGCCAAUGGAUUGACCAAAUUGCACGAGCAAUUGAUUGCCAGGUCCAAAGUUGUAAUUGUUUUCACAAGUGAAGCGUCAAGAAAUAUGUACCAAAUAGGAAUUGUCAAGUAUGUUUCUAUAUUGUGUGCAUCAAAACCUUUCAUUGUUGUGGCAACGCUGUCGCCCUUUGAUUUUUUACACGACAAGAAGAUAGGGAAUGCUUAUAUUUGCUGCUACGACUAUACCGAAGACGCAUUGAGUAAAGUAGCUGGUCUACUUAUGGGCGACUUUCAAGCUGAAGGAUGUAUACCUGGUGAGAUGCAUAGAAAAACCAUUAAAGCAGAGAAACGCAUCAAAAGACGAUGGUUAGUCGAGGAGUUUGACAUUCAGCGGGAUUUUGCUAGUUUGGUGAAACUAUGGCAAAAUGACACUGACGAAUGCGAGGGCGAUAAGAUCAAUUACCAUGAUAAUCAGUUCUAUAAGCGUUUGCAUGGUUUACUCGCCACAUCUGAACAAAAGCACUUUGUUGUAAGAAACUCUUCACUAAAUAUUCUUUACGGGGUGGUACUCACAUGGAUCGAAGGAGAUGUUGGUCACCUUGUGUACAUUAUUGUUGAGAAAUCAAAGCGAUUGCAAAGUAUAGGCAAGAAUUUGAACCAGCGUGCUUUGCAGCAUUUGAAAAAUUGUUCAAAGAUUUAUUUGGGUUCUUCAUUUCCUUUGUUGAUGUUACCUGGUAACAAAAGCGCUACAAGCGAUGCAUUUUUCAAUAGUGUUGGGUGGAAUAGCAGUAGUGGUGAGGAUAAAGAUGCAAAGUCAGAGAAAAAGUAUAUUAUGUUGUUGGAGGAUUUGACAAAGUGGCUGGUCCCUUCAAGAAUUCUCAAAGAGUUGAUGAUUGUUGGUGUCCGGUUUGAUAUUUGCAAUGAUGCAGAGCAGCUUAUGAACAAUUGUCCACCUGAGCUCAAAAGAUAUUAUACACACGCACUAGAAUCUUUGCAGUUUAGGACGCCACACGAAGUCAAAAUCAUUAUUGCGCUCGAACCAAAUACACAGAGCGUUAUUGGUAGCAUAGUUUUGUUCACAAACCAAUCCAAACUUUCUAAAUAUUACCCAUUUAUUGACCAAUGUCGGGGAAAAAGCGGGUCAUUGGUUGGUGAGAUAAUAGCACCGGUAAUUGAUCCGCUGUAUUCCAACUUGUUGGAUAUUUUUAAGUAUGGGCUUAUAUGCAGUGCCAUAACAUUUUUGAAAAACUCAAGCGAUGAAGUAAGUCACUGCUUAAUGGCUGAUGUAAAAGACGAUAAAUCCUUGUCAAGUAUAGAAGACAUUGGGUUUAAGGCAUGGAAGAGCUAUUACGACUAUUAUGGCGAAAAAAGCAAAGUAGAAUAA